AUGACGAUGUCAAAGAGAUUAGGAUUUGUCGUAGCUUUGGCCGUGUUGAUGGGGCUGUCGGAUGCAACUCUGUACAAAGUUGGAGAUAAUCAAGGAUGGAAGUCCGGUGUGAAUUAUACCGAAUGGUCUGACGGGAAGACUUUCUACAUAGGCGACACCAUUGUGUUCAACUACGGGAGAGAGACGGAGAAUGUGGUGCAGGUGACCCAUAAGGCUUUCCGCAAUUGCAGCUCCGAUAACCCGAUCCGCGUUUUCCACACUGGGAAGGAUGUCUUCAACUUGGAGAAGCGAUCGCACCUCUAUUUCAUCUGCGGCUUGCCCGGCCACUGCGAGAGCGGCCAGAAGGUGGACAUCCGCGUCCUCGGCGGCCCCGAGUCGCCUGCGCCGGCGCCAGAAACUGCGCCGGCGCCAGAAACUGCGCCGGCGCCAGUAACCGCGCCGCCGUCCCCCUCCGCCUCCCCCGCGUCGCCCACCACAGCGCCGCCGUCCUCCUCCUGGUCGCCCGAUACUCCGCCGUCGUCCUACUCUCCGUCUCCCUCGCCGGCCCCUGGGCCGUCUCCUUCGAGUGCGGUGCGCGGGGGAUGGGGCGUGCAACUGGCGGUCGCUGCCUUUGUCGUGGUCUUGUCGUUCGUCGCUUAGGAGUAAGUAACAGGUCUUUCUUUAGUCGUGAAUUAAGUCGUGUAUUAGAUAGUCGCUUUAUGUCUUUUUAAGUCUCGGAUAGUUUGGUGUCCUUGUUCUUGUUUGGGUGUCAAUCUUUGGAUCUGCGUUGUACUUUAGACCAUAGUUCGACUUCGUGCUAGUUUCAUUUAAAAUAAUUUUCGUUA